GACAAGUUUUCUCUCAAAGACGACAGUCACAUUGCAUUAGUAAGAGCAUUGUCGACAUUUUAUGGAAUCUUCCAUGAACUCGUUGUUGUCGAAUGAAGUAGACGUGGACGGAAAAGUGUUGCAGCCGAAGUUCUCUGUCGAGAUUUGAUCGAGCUUGUCAUCGUUUUGGCGGGAAAUAACUUCAUGAUAUUUUGGCGGGAAUUUGCACUGGGCAAGAUAUUUUUCGCUGGAAAAUUCGAAACCAAAGCAGAAUCAUUCAUGAAAGUGAUGUAUGUUUUUAAGUGCGUGUUAUCAUGAAUAGCAAACGAACCUAGAUGGAAUAACUAUGUGAAGUACAUACAGACGAACGAUUAAUUUUAGUCACGUUAAAUUUUCGCGCGAUCUACACUUUGCUUCUUGGUACGUGAAUUGUGCUUUGAAUAUGUAAAGGUCUAGUAAGAUGGGAAAACGAGCGAGCAAACUAAGUUCAACUGACGUGAAAGACUUAAUGGGAUGUACAUAUUUUAACAAAAAGGAACUUCAGACUUGGUACAAAGAUUUCCUGAAAGAAUGCCCCACUGGCGAACUGAAACAGGAGGAGUUUGAAUCAAUUUAUCAGCAGUUCUUCCCCCAUGGAAGUCCCAAAAAGUUUGCGGCCUAUGUGUUCAACAUAUUUGAUACAAACAAGGACGGACACAUUUCCUUCAAGGAGUUUAUCUGUGCCCUGUCUGUAACAUCGAGGGGAAGUCUGGACGAGAAACUGGACUGGGCCUUCAGCCUGUAUGACGUGGACAAUGACGGCUACAUCACGCGCAGAGAGAUGAUCGAGAUUAUAGACGCCAUCUACAGCAUGGUGGGUAGCCUCCUGGAGCUGCCCAAGGACGAGGAUACGCCGGAGAAACGGGCCAACAAGAUCUUUCAGCAGAUGGAUGCGAACAAGGACGGCAUGUUAUCGAAAGAUGAGUUUCGAGAAGGUUCUAAAUGUGACCCUUGGAUCGUCCAAGCCUUAACGAUUGACACUGGCCCUCAUGUUAGCAGUUGAUGUAUUCAAAGUUGACACUAAACAACAUCGACACUUGACACCUAUAUGGUGAUUGACUUCAUGUUAUAACUUGCUGUAUUUGCCAUCAACACUUUACUGCUCUAUUGUCACUGACUUAAUUUUAGAAUUUACUGUUUUUGUCAUCAACACUUGACACCUUAAUGAUGAUUGACUUCAUUUUAGAAUUUACUGUAUUUGUCAUCAAGACUUUACACCUUAAUGAUGAUUGACUUCAUUUUAGAAUUUACUGUAUUUGUCAUCAACACUUGACACCUUAAUGAUGAUUGACUUCAUUUUAGAAUUUACUGUAUUUGUCAUCACAACUUUACACCUUAAUGAUGAUUGACUUCAUUUUAGAAUUUACGGUUUUUGUCAUCAACACUUGACACCUUAAUAAUCAUUGACUUCAUUUUAGAAUUUACUGUAUUUGUCAUCAAGACUUUACACCUUAAUAAUGAUUGACUUCAUUUUAGAAUUUACUGUAUUUGUCAUCAACACUUGACACCUUAAUGAUGAUUGACUUCUUGUUAGAAGUUUCUGUAUUCAUUAUCAAGACUUUACACCUUUAUGAUGAUUUACUUUAUGUUAGAAGUUUCUGUAUUCAAUAUCAAGACUUUACACCUUUAUAAUGAUUGAUUUCAUGUUAGAAACGUUUCUGUAUUCAACAUCAACACUUGACACCUUUAUGAUGAUUGACUUCAUAAUAGAAGUUACUGUAUACAACAUCAAGACUUGACACCUAUAUGGUCAUUGACUUCACGGUAGAAGUAACUGUAUUUGACAUCGACACUUGACACCUACAUGGUGAUUGACUUCAUGUUAUAACUUGCUUUAUUCAACAUUGACACUUUACUGUUCUAUUGUAACUGACUUAAUUUUAGAAUUUGCUGUAUUUGUCAUCAACACUUGACACUUUUAUGAUGAUUGACUUCAUGAUAGAAGUUGCUGUAUUUAACAUCAAGACUUGACACCUAUAUGGUCAUUGACUUCACGGUAGAAGUAACUGUAUUUGUCAUCAACACUUAACAACUUAAUGAUGAUUGUCUUAAUUAAAGAAGUUUUUGUAUUCAACACAGACACUUGACACCUUUAUGAUGAUUGACUUAAUGAUAGAAGUUUCUGUAUUCAACAUCGACACUUGACACCUAUAUGAUGAUUGACUUCAUGUUAGAAUUUGCUGUAUUUUUCAUCAACAAUUCACACCUUUAUGAUGAUUGACUUCAUGUUAUAACUUAAUUUAUUCGACAUCGACACUUAACUUCUCUAUUGUCACUGACUUCAUUUUAGACUUUGCUGUGUUUGUCAUCAACACUUGACACCUUAAUAAUGAUUGACUUCAUUUUAGGAGUUAUUCAACAUCGAGACUUGACACCUUUAUGAUGAUUGACUUCAUGAUAGAAGUUGCUGUAUUCAACAUCGACACGUGACACCUUUAUGGUCACUGACUUCAUGUUAGAAUUUGCUGUAUUUGACAUCGACACUUGACACCUAUAUAGUCACUGACUUCAUGUUAGAAUUUGCUGUAUUUGACAUCAACACUUGACACCAGUAUAAUUACUGGAUCAGUGGGGAAAACUAAAUAUGCAUAGGAGAAGGAAGAUACACAUGUGGACCUGAAUGUUCUUUCUAUUGUGAAAUAUUUUAUGCAUGGUUUUGUAGUUAUUUUAGCUGUUAAAUUAUUUAAUGAGGUUAAGUUUUAAAUGGUGUUAAUUGUUCUUUAUUUUAAAGUGUAAUGUGCUGUUUGUAAUACCAUAUUAUAUGGAGAACAUUGUUUUGUAUUUAAUAAGAGUAACAUGUUUAAGUUUUAAAUUGUCUCUUCAGAUACAAUGUAUAUUGUUUUGUACCAUGUAUAGGUAUUUGAUGUAUGAAUUUAUGUAACUUUCAUUUCGAGACAUAAGAAUUUAUUGUCACGUGCUUUAAAUUACAAUCAUACGGAAUGCAUAUAAAUUAUUUUAUUUAAAAUGUUAAAGACAGCAUUUCAAGAAUCAAACAUUGGCAACAUUUUCUUCGACUGAUCAGUCACAUGAAGUUUUUCGGAGCAAAUGACUUCACUUAAGUGAACAAUACACCUAUGUACCAAUUAUGAACAAAAUUUGUAAAUACGAAAUGGUAUUGAACAGCAGAAUGUAAACAUGAGGUACAAGUACAACACAAUAAUGCGUACAGUAUUUUAAAUUUGUAAAGAAAUUCAUUUUAAAGUUGAUUAUAAAGUCUCAGCUUGACUAUUAAAACUCCUGAACUCAUUUGAUAAAAUAUGGUAAUGAUUCAUUUUUUUAUGUCUUUGUAUCUCUUUUUAUGUCUUCUUAGAUCAGUUUCGUUCUGGUUUUAUUUCUGAGAAUCUUGUUCAUAUCAUGUUGCAAAUAACUUUUUAAGUAACUUUUUUUAGUCAAUUAAUAACUAUUUUCUGAUUCUUGUCUACUUAACCAUUGGUUAAAUUACAUAAAUGUUAACUUUCUACAUACAAGAAAUCUCAAUAUCAUUGUUAUUUAAAAAAACGGUGAAAGGUCAAAGGUCAAAUAUAUGGGGGACAUAGUGUUUCCAAAUGCAUCUUGUUAUAUAUUAGAUAUUUCACUUAUUAUUAAUAAAUUUUAUUUUUGCAAAUUUUGCUUGUAAAAGUCAAGCCACGUUGUUGCAGAGCCAUAUUGUUGGUGAACACAAAUCACAAGGAAUGCUUAAGCUCACAUGAGCACAUGUUCUUGUUGAGCCCUAGUGACCACCCUUGUCCAUCAUCUGUGAAACUAAGUCAGUAACCAGUUGUACAAAUGAUAUGUGGACCACGUUUGCAACUGGGUCACUCUGGGUAAUUAACUAGGUCACUAAGACACAUUGAAGAAAAAGCUAGUGAAUGCUCAAUAAGCCGCAUUUUAGCCCUAUCAACAGUAAACUUGGUCACAACAUUUCUCCAAAAUACAUAUUCGCCAAGUUCUAUACAGGGUCACUUGGUCAUAUUAAACAAGUAGAUUGUUAACGCUAGAAGUAACUUUUUUUGCUAAUUUUUCAUAAAUAUUGCUCAGAACAUUUUUUCUAAUGAUGUCUCCACUGAGUUAAAUAUGGUUUUAGUUUAAUUGAAAAACAUGUUUGCCAUGAGGUUGGAAAGUUAUUUUUGCUCGACUGUUUUCGGAGAAAACCAGAGGUAUUGUC